UCUUUCAUCACCUUUCAUCACCUUCCAUCUAUCGCCUCGGCCAUCUUGACUGUCGAUCGCCUAUCACCCGUCGCCCCGGUCGCUCAAUCACACUCAGCCGUCGCGCACAGCUCAUGAAAUCGUUGCCCAUGCAGCAGUCCGGCGCUGCCCGGUUCCUCCGCGGCCUAUCGUCGUCCAGAUCGCCUCUCAGCCCAGUCCUCACCCGCAGUCGCGCUGUCCCGGCGACGCUCCCAUCGUCCUGCUGCUGUCCUUCACACAAUGCCCGUGCCGUGCGUCUCUAUUCGGCGCCUCAGCGACCUCCGUCGCCGCCACUCGGACUCUGUCCCUUUCCAAGACACAAGGAGUGCUGGUCCUGCCAUACCGCUCUGAGCGCCGCCGAUGUCUUUUGCCGGUCCUGCUCCAAGAUCCAGCCCGUCGCCCUCGGAACGUCAUACUUUGAGCUGCUAUCAGCCCACACCAGUCUGUCGUGUCAACCCGGUGACUGCGACGGCGCCUCGGCCGAAGACUCGAUUUUUUAUCCCAAGUUUGCCCUCGACCUGCAGCAGCUCCGACGGAACUUUCUGACUCUCCAGCAGUCCGUCCACCCCGAUGGAUUCACCAAAAAGAGCCCGGAGGAGCGCAAAUACUCCGAAGUUCAGUCCUCGCUGAUCAACAAGGCAUACCAAACUCUCCGGGAACCACUCUCCCGAGCAAAGUAUAUGCUCGGCCUGUACAAUGUCAAAGUCGAGGAGGGUGAAGCGCCAGUCAAUCAAGAGCUGCUGAUGGAGGUGAUGGAAGUUCGAGAGGCCAUCGAAGAGGCCGAGCGAGAAGAGGAUCUGGAGGAGGUUCGCCAGGAGACGAAAGCCAAAAUGAACGAAACCAUUGCCAGUCUGGAUGAGGCUUUCGGCGCUGGAGAUCUGACGCUCGCCAAAGCCCUCACCAUCGAAUUGCAGUAUCGAGUGACGAUGGAGAAAGCCCUGAAGGAAUGGGACCAGCCUUGAGUGUGGCAAAGCCUUGGAGAAAGCCAUCGGCCCAACGGCGAGCCAGAUGAUGCUGCUGCCAGACGCCAAUCCUGUUUGGCUGCGAUCUACUUUGGCCGAUACCACACUCAACGCAACCAAGCGAGCCGCUAGGACCCUGUGCCCGUGUCUUGGACCCCUGUCCUUUCCAAUGAGCCACGGCGUGUACAUCAAUCAAUCAACUCACAUCCACACUAUCGGCAACCGAGCUGUAGCGGCACAUGGAUGCGCCAUCCGUUGUAUGGCAGCGAGAGUGCAUCAUCUGCGCCAAUACAAAGCGAUCCAUCGCUCCUCUCCACACCAA